AUGUUCAACUUGCACGAGCAGCUGAUAAAGCUGCAGGAGGGCGAGGUGGAGAUUCACAAUGACUUUACGUUUGAAGGAAUCGAUGCAAUUGUAGCCAAGCGAGCUAUAAACAGCCUGACAGACAAGCUGGUGGUCAGCGGCGAGGCCAUCAACGAUGACAUAGCAUUUGACACGCUGCGCGCGUUUGCCCGUGACCUGCACGCAGUAGACCCCAAGCUGAUUGCGCGCGGGCUCGACAUGCUGGUAGCUGGGUUCGAGAGCGUGGUGCGGCAGGCAUCCAACGCACUUUCCACACAGGGCUCGGACCCGACGCAGUAUGCCGAGACACUGGACCGCUACGCGUACCUGUUCCAGUGGAUCAUCGAGCGAGGCGAGUCGUCGGCAUCGCAGAUCCGCACAUCAGCAGCGCAGACCAAAGGCCGGCGGCGCAAGGGCGUAGGCAGCGUGCCAGGUAGUACCAAGGCAGCGAGUAUUGCGGAGAUUGUGCCCGGCUGGAAGUCAAAGGUCAUGGACCUGUAUCUGCUGUUGCAGCAGCUGUUCCAGCUGCCACUGGGGCGGAUCUGGAAUUCAGUACCGGAGCGUGACUCAUUCAUUGGGGUGUUUAUGCGUCUCGGGCACAAGGUGCUGGAGAACCCAGCGUACGGGCGUGAUAGCGAGUUCCAGAUGGCGCUGUUCAAUGUGAUGUGCAAAUGGGUGCAGACAUACAACGGACUGUACGGUGCACACUACGAGCAUCUGAGCGAGUCCAUGGCACAGCUCGUCCAGCUGGCAUACGAGAAAUAUGAUGGUGCGCAGCUGGCGGACGAGGUGCUGCGGGAUGUCGCAGGCAAGGAGUUUAGCAGCGUGCACGACAAGUCUGGGCCCAAAAACACUGCCCGGUUCAUUAUCAAGUUUUCGCAGCUUGCACCCAAGGCUCUGCUGCGGCAGAUGGGCUUGCUGAUCCGGCAUCUUGACAGCGAAGCACACAUUAUGCGGUCGGCCAUGGUCGACGCAAUUGGGCACCUGAUCAUGUACCUGGCCACGCAGGAGGAGCAGACGGACAUCAUCAAGAACCAGGUGGGCGAGUACUUUGAUAUUGUCGAACAGCGGUUCCAGGACAACCACUACCUGGUCCGCGCCAAGGUCAUGCAGGUGUGCCAGUUUAUUUGCAGUGGGCCGGCAAAGUUCCCGAAGCGGCGGCCCCGCCUCAUUAACCUGGUUGUCGGGAGACUCGAGGACAAGGCAAGCAAUGUGCGUAAGCAUGCAAUUCGGGCACUCACCAUUCUUCUGGAGUCGCAUCCGUUUGCGCUUGAUGGCGCUGAGCUAGCCAGCGAGCCACUUGAGGACAGCCUCGAGAAGAUCACUGGCGAGCUUGCGCGCAUGGCCAAGGGCGUGGCAGCAGAGAAGCCGACAGUGAGCAAAGACCCCGAAGAUUCUGACGCCGAGAUGGCUGAUGGCGACGAGACAGUGAAUGAAGAUGAUGCAGCGCAGAAUCCUGGAAAGCAGGCUGACAAGAGCAGCGUCCCGGACAUCUCAAAUGCAGGGCUGACGCCCGAGAUGGCAGCCAAGGCCAUGCACCUGCAGUUCCAGCAGCGGUACUACCGCGACGCGCUGUAUUUUGUGCGGCAGCUGCAGGAGGCAAUACCGCUGCUGGUGCAGCUUCUGGGUGCAACCAACAAGAGUGAGGUCAUGGAGGCGAUGGAUUUCUUCGUGACGGCAGUGCGGUUCCGCGUCGACGGAGCACAGGGCGGGAUCCGGCGGAUGGCGCAUCUGAUCUGGGUGCCAUCGACCAGCAAUUCGACCGGUGCCAGCGCCUCGCACGCAGGAUCGACAGGCAGCCCGGAGGAGGCGCGCGGGGUGCGGGCGAAGCUGCUGGAGUCGUACAAGCAGCUGUAUCUGCAGCCGAACGAGCGGCUCAGCGCAUCGGAAAACACGAGCCGGAUUACGCGCAAUCUGAUCAGUCUGACGUUUGGCGCGACGCUGGCGGAGCUGAUUUCACUGGAGGAGCUUGUGCGGACGCUGGUGGACGAGCAGUUCAUUGGAAACGAUGUCAUCGCCAAACUACGCAGCGUCUACGGGUAUACGCGCCAGCGCCUGCCGCCUGCACAGCGCCGCGGGGCAAUAAUUGUGCUGGGCAUGAUGGCACAGGCGCGACGCUCCGUGGUCACCGACGACAUCGACCUGUAUAUGCGCAUCGGCCUGGGCCGCUACGGCCACGAGGAUCUAACCAUCGCCAAGUACACGUGUAUGGCCCUGCAGUGUCUGGGCGCGCGGCGAUCGAAGCGGCCGGGCCCAGCGGCAGCUAUAGAUGAGGCAGAGAACAAAGCGGAGCCACGGCGCGACCCGGAGUGGUUCCCAGCCGCCGAGCAGGCGCUGAACACAAUCUAUGCACUGGGUGAAAAGCCCGAUGCGUUUGCUGAUCUGCUGGCCAGCUCCAGCAUGUCACAGACGCCAGCUGACGAGCACGCCAUGGACAUUGAUGACGACGAGACUGAGACGCUAUCACAGCAGCCAGCUAGCACGCUCGUUGACCCGUGGGACCUGACGCGUCUUUUGUUCAUUGUCGGACACAUUGCGAUCAAGGAGAUUGUGCUGCUGGAGACCAUCGAGGCCGAAUUGAAGCGCCGCAAGGCCAAGGCUGAGCCCAGCCGCAAGCGCCGUGCGACCGACAGCCGCCCCCACGACGACACCAUGGAUGGCGACGACGACGACGAGCUCAAUCAGAUUGCCGGGUCAACUGAGGACGAAAUAGGCGACAUCAUUGCGGCCAUCCGCGAGCGCGAGCUGCUGUCCGGCAGCAAGUCGCUGCUGGCGCUAUUUGGCCCGCUGCUGGUGCAUAUCUGCAAGAAUCUGGGCAAGUUCAACGACCGCCUGCUGACUGUGCAUGCAACAGCAGCGCUAGCCAAGUUCAUGUGCAUUUCGUCGGGCUUCUGCGAGGAGCACCUGCCGCUGCUGCUGACUCUUCUGCAGCGUGCGCGGUCGCCGGUGAUUCGUGCCAACAUCGCCAUUGCACUGGGCGACAUCACCGUGUGCUUCAAUAAUCUGAUCGGCGAGAACGUUCAGUACCUGUACGGGCCUCUGCAUGACUCAAACACCAAGGUCAAGAAAACCACGCUGAUGGUGCUGACACAUCUGAUUCUCAACGGCAUGGUCAAGGUCAAGGGCCAGCUGGGCGAGAUGGCAAAGUGCCUGGAGGACAAGGACACCCACGUGGCCGACCUGGCCAAGCUGUUUUUCGCCGAGCUGUCCACCAAGGACAAUGCUGUCUACAACAACCUGCCCGACAUUAUCUCGAGCUUGAGCGUCGGCGCCGCCGCCGUCAAUGAGGAUAGCUUCGGUCGUAUCAUGAAGUUCCUGUUUGAUUUCAUCAAGGAGAAGGACCGCCAGACCGACAAUGUGGUCGACAAGCUGUGCCAGCGCUUCCGCAACACCACCGAUACUAGGCAGUGCCGCGAUAUCGCUUAUUGCUUGGCCCUGCUGCCAUACAAGUCUGAGCGCAGCGUGCGCAGGCUACUGGAUGGCCUUCCUGGAUACCAGGAGAGCCUGUCCGAGGAUGCGGUGUACAGGUAUUUCAAUGAUAUUGUCGCCAAGGCCAAGUCCCAGGCUGCGCAGAAGCCCGAGGCUAAGGCGCUGGUUGAGGAGUAUGAGUCCAAGCUGCGCGAGGCCAGAGCCAGGACCAUUGGCGAAGACGAGGAGGCUGUGGCGUCCCAGGCAGCCGAAGAGGCAGAUACAGGGACAGCACAGUACUCGGACGACGAGAUUGACGAGGAUGAGGAUCUCUAA